UGCCACUCAGCUACUCAGUGUGAGAUGAACCACCAAGAUGAGUGGGUUGCUGCGCCUCGCUCCCGGGCCCUCUACCCCAGGAUGUUACACCUCUAACCUGGACUGUUAAUGAGUGUCCCGAGCCUCACCUGGAGGGCAACCUUACCUGUGAUUCUUAAUGAAGUGCCGGUGUGUGAAGUGCCCGAGGACGUGAAAAUAGUCGUGGUAGUAAUAAAGCCAGUGAAUUAUUAAUGUGAGGUGAUUUAAGUAAGACGUGGAAUGUUUUAUUGAAAGUGAGGAAUAAAUAGUAAUAAUAAUAAUAACAAUAACUAGUAAUAAUAACAAGAACGAUAGCUACGAGGACAAUAACAGCAAUAAUUCGAGAACGGGAACCUUGUGGAAGAUAAUAGGUCAUGUCCGGCGGGUCAGGCAGCGUCCCGGGGGUGCCUCCUGGACCCUCCGUGUUCUCCUCCUUCGUGGGGGGCGGCGGAGGGGUUGGCGCCCCCAUUUACCCGGGGGGGGCACACCACACGCCUCCCUCCCCCCACUACGCCCAGCACCCCCGCCUGCACCCCCACCUACUCCACCAGGUGAGCUCCGAGGCGGCACCGUCAGCCUUCCACCCCGUGGUGUCCCGGGGGGCGCGGCGCCUGGAGGACAUGACCAGCCCGGAGCGGGAGGCCAGCCAGCAGCAGCGGCCAGACGACCCCAGAGGCUCCCAGAUGCAAGGAGCCCCGGGGGGACGCCUGGGUGACAUACCUGGCCACGUGUUGCCGCUGGGCCACUCCAUGCCGCCCCUGGGAGUGCCGACCCUGGGCAUGAACAACCCUCUGCUGCCUGGGAUCUUCGACAGGCGGUUGCUGAGGGUGUCGGGGCGCGCGGCGAGGCCCAAGAAACAGUUCAUCUGCAAGUACUGCUCGCGGCACUUCACCAAGAGCUACAACCUCCUCAUCCACGAGCGGACACACACCGACGAGCGGCCCUUCCCGUGUGACGUCUGCGGCAAGGCGUUCAGGCGGCAGGACCACUUGAGGGACCAUAAGUACAUCCACAGCAAGGAAAAGCCGUUCAAGUGCAGCGAGUGUGGCAAAGGCUUCUGCCAGAGCCGCACCUUAGCCGUCCACAAGAUCCUUCACAUGGAGGAGUCGCCCCACAAGUGUCCGACAUGCGGCAGGAGCUUCAACCAGCGCAGCAACCUCAAGACGCACCUCCUCACCCACACCGACCUGAAGCCCUACAAGUGUGCCUCCUGCAGCGCCGUCUUCAGGAGGAACUGCGACCUGCGGAGGCACAUGCUGACCCACUCCAUCGGGGGUCACCUGCCCUCGGAUAAAGACGCGGAGGAGAGCAGCAAGGGCGCCAGUCAUCAUGAUAGUGACCCCAGUGCCUCAGGGGGUACCUCCGGGUCCGCCAUGCCUUGUGACAGAGCGGAGGGCGGCGUGGAUCUGGACGAGGACGAGGUGGAGGACGCUGAGGACGAGGAUGAGGAUGAAGAGAUCGAUCCCGGACGACCUGACGACGCGUACUCCUUCUACGAGUCUGAAAAGGUGGAUGACGACGAGGAGGUGGAGGAGGAGCUGGAGGAGGAGGAGGAGGACGCUGGGGGUGAUGUGGUUGGAGAGGGAGGUGGGAGUAGUGUAGAAGGUGUCAGCGGAGUAGGAGGAGGCAGGAGAAGCGUGGGCGGGGAGGAGCUGCCGCCACACAGUCACCACCACGUGUCCAGCCUUCACCCACAGGGACUAGACAUGCACACUCGAGUCAGCCACACGCACACAACACACGCACACGCCCACAAGACACAUACACAGGUCACACACGCACACGCCGGGGACACGCACAGCACCCACGCCCACGCCUCCCACGACCUGCUCCCACACAGCGCCGCCCACGGUAACAGAGACUCCCGCAUGCUAGGCCCCCAUGGUCCCCCGCCCGCCAGACCGGCCUCCCACCCACACGGCCACGUCACGCCCAUUUACAGCCCCGCCCAUGGCUUUUAUCCCUUCGUGGGCGCCGGAGGAACAGGCCCACCCAGCCACCAUUACCGUCCCGCCCACCAUGACUUGAAGCGACCCAUAGACCAGGUUGUGGGUACCCCCGGACCCUCCAUAGCCCCGUCCAUGCCCCCGAUAAUCUCCAUGCAGGGCCCGAUGCCGAUGGGUGGGGGGGCCAUGGGUGCCGCCCCUCGCUUCCCCUACCCCCCGCACCCCCCCGAAAGGCCCAAGAAGAAGGGGUUCAUGAUUGAAGACAUUAUGAACGGGUAAGAGUGUUUGUGUGUUUGUGUGUUUGUAGGUUCUUGUUUAACACUUUCUGACUUACUUAACUUAUAUAUUCUCUUUGUUUUCUUUCUUUGUUCUCUCUCUCUCUCUCUCUCUCUCUCUCUCUCUCUCUCUCUCUCUAUUUAUCUAUCUAUCGUUCUGUCUCUCUCUAUUCUUUCCUCAUUUACAAUAACAACAAUUACUACUACUACUACUACUACUACUACUACUACAACUACAACUACCACCACCACUACCACUACCACCACCACCACCACCACUACCACCACGACCACCACCACCAAACGCAUAAUCACGCCCAUUUCACCUGUCCACUUCCUAAAAAGACCUCCUCCUCCUCCUCCUCCUCCUCUUAAGUGCUUUUAGGCGCCUCUUAAGACCUGCCUCACCUCUUCCCUCUCAGAAACGGGGCCUAAAAAAAAAAGAAGGGUAGAAAAUGGUGGUCAUGGAGGUGAUAUGGUGGUGAUGGUGGUGAUGGUGGUGAUGAGGAUGGUGGUGGUGAUGGUGGUGAUGGUGAGGAUGAGGAUGGUGGUGGUGAUGGUGGUGGUGAAAAGGAUAUGGCGGAAGAGAAGGGAGAGAAAAAGGAAGAGGAAGAAAAGGAGGAGGUUUAAUUUAACAGGGUUUAAUUAUCUUUGCCACAGUCUGUUUGUCCGUCUGUCUGUCUGUAUUUACUAAUUUAUUAUUGUCUGAUACCGGCGAUAUUAUUAUUAUUAUUAUUAUUAUUAUUAUUAUUAUUAUUAUUAUUAUCUGUGACUUUCUUUCUUUUCAUAUUUUCAUUUUUUUAUACAUUUUACGUCAUUUUUAUUGAUUUGUUUAUCCUUUUUUAUACCUUUGAAAGUGAAUGCAUAAAUUAAGACCACACGAAUAAUAAUAAUCUUCACCACCACUCCCCUUGUAAAUAGUUUGUGCAUAUUUGUAUAUAAGAGGAAAAUAAUAAAAAGAGUUGAUGCUCA